CUUAACUUUUGCAACAAUAUAUUUGUAAGCAAUUUUGUAACUCCGGUAAUCAGAUAAAACGGAAAUGUAUUUGCUAGUGCCACGGAUCUCUCGACUUGUUCUCAUUCCACGCAAGAAAACAUUUCAAUGCAGCAACAAUUUCUUCAAGCUCAGCUUCAAGGCGCCGACAGCGACGCCAACAGCGGCGCCAACUGCGACGCCAGCAGCGGCAACACAGCAAUAUCAAAAGCAUGCGGGAAAUUCUUUAGUGCGAGAGAAAUCGAUUGAUACCAAGAAGAAGCUCAUUGAGGAGCCAACAAAGACCAGCAUCAAGGAUCAGAGGGAUAAAUGGAUGGCCAAAGUUUCGCCCGAGAUGCAGCGCAAGGCGAAGACUAAAAUAAGCCCUGGAAGUGGUAAUAAACCAGCUCAGACUGGCUUUGGAACACCAGGAAAUUCCGCCUGCUUUGGCAUGUCCAAGCAAUUUCCGAGAGAGCAGAGAAAGCAGCCCAAGGAGCAGGAGGAAAAGUUGGUGGAGGAUGGUGAGGUCAAAGGAUCAAGCAGCGUGGCGGAUCGCAAAAACUGGAUGAAUCGCAUGCAUGGCAGCCAACAGCAGAAGCAGGCGCAAUGGCUGAAGGAUAUGCAGGCCAAGCAGCAGGCAGGACGCGAAAUGCAACAGCAGAGGAUGCAACAAAUCAAGCAAACACAACCACAACAAACACAGACCAAAAAGGGGACUUCCCUAGCUGCCAUAUCCCAGACUGCGAGUGCUGCCAAACAAGAGACGGAGAUGGAGACGGAAACGGAAACGGAGCCGGAGCCGGAGCCAGAACCCAAAACUCCAGAGCGUCUUGCCUAUUUGGAAGCUGUGAAGCAACUAAACUCGUACCAGAUUCACGAGCAGACUGCAGGACGAGCACAGACGAAGACAAGUCGAGGGGGCGACGGAUGCGAUCCGAAUAUUGAGCACACAUUGCAGUGUCUCAGCGAAACGGGCUUCGACAAGGCGCAACUGGAGAGUAUACCAGUCAUUCAGGUGGCAGGCACCAAAGGACGCGGCUCCACUUGCCUCCUGGUCGAGGCGAUUCUCCUGUCGCAUGGCGUGAAAACUGGCGUGCUCUGUGCUCCACAUUUGUUUGUGACCAGCGAACGUAUACGCAUCGAUGGUGAGCCCCUGUCGGAUGAGGAGUUUACGGAAUUGUUCUUGCAACUGCAACAGGAAUUGGGGCACGUGCAACCGCCGCCAAGUUACAACAAAUUGCUAACGAUAAUGGCAUUUCAUGCCUUUCGCAAUGCCAAUGUGGAUGUGGCAAUUGUUGAGAUAGGCAGCGGUUGUGCCAGCGAUUGCACCAACAUCACAUCCCACGCCAGGACAAUUGGCAUCAGCACAUUGGGAUGGGAGCAAAGCUUCAAUUUGAGCAACUCCAUGAGGGACAUCGCCUGGGCAAAGGCGGCGAUUAUGAAACCGGAGGCAAGUAUCUAUACCAGUGCCAAUCAACCGGAAUGCUUUGAGGUGCUCAGUCAACGGGCCAAACAACUUGGUGUCCAGCUGCAUCGGGUGCCCAGUUAUCCCUCCUAUGUGGAGGCUAAUUUCUCGGAUAAAAAGCUGUUGAAUAGCGCGAAUUUCUCGGUGAAAUUGAAUGGUUCCUUGGCCAUUCAGUUGGCCUACGAUUACAUGCGACGCUAUAAGCCGGAGUAUGUGGUCGGCUUGGAGCACAAUGCCACACAAUUGACUCCAGGUGCCACACGUGGCAUCGAAACUUUUGUGCAACGCGGCCAAUUCGAGAUCAUGAAGUAUGACAUGUUCAAUGUGUACAUGGACAGUGCUGAUACCCUGGAAAGUAUGAUGAUGUGCCGCGAAUGGUUCUAUACACGCACUCGCGGCAGUCGCUCCCCGAAGGUUCUGCUCUUCAACAAGGUCAACGAGUUCAAUUCAAAGGAUCUGUUGACCAUUUUACGUCAUAAUAUGCGCUUUGAGGAAGCCGGCUUUGUGCCCAGUCCGAGUUUAUUCGAGGGCGAAUCUUUGGAUGGGGACGAGCAGGAUAAGGCCACUAAGGAUGCAAUUGCCUGGCAUAGUAUGGAGGAACUUCAACGAGCUCGACGCAAUGCCAGCAAUUGGCGUUCCCUCUGCGAGGAGGAUGACCGAGAUAGUGCCCAACUCUCCAUCUCCAUUGAUUCCUUCUUCGAUUAUCUGCACAACAAAUAUGGCAAUCAAAGGUACGGCAUGCGCAAUGAACUCGAUGUCCUUGUCACAGGAUCCAGAGAACUCGUCGCCGGCACCAUCAGUUGGCUCCAGAAGAAAAAGGAAGCCCAGUUCAAGAAGUGGCAUUAACUUAUUAGAGAUGUCGGAGUUAGAAAAUUCGCCUAACGAACUCACGAUUAGAGUCAAAAGAAACUUGGACACUUGAUUAACGUUGUGGUUAGAUUUAUAUAAUACGAUUAUGUACUAGUCUUCAAAUUUUCUGUUAUUAUUUUACUUUCAAAUAAAACGAAG